AUGGCAAUGACGCUGCGGCACCGUGCGGUGUGCGCCCUGGCGCUCCUCGCGCUGCUCUGCGGCUGCUGCUGCGCCUCCGUCUGCGGGGCGACUGCGAACGCGAAAGACGGCGAUCUUGCGAGUGGAGGCGUUGCGCAGGCCGAGUUUCAGCGUUGGGGCGGGGAGCUUUCGCAUCGCUGGGAUGCUCCUCCCGUUGUCGGCAGGGCCGUCGUGGGCGCUCCAACUCAAGUGCCCGCAGCGCCUGGCUCUCCUCUUCCUCCCGUUGCUCCGCACAGGGGUGUUUCCACCGCCGUCCCAUGUUGUCUGAAGAACUGUGCUGCGUCCGUCUCUGAGGCCGCUAAAACUCCCUGCGUGCCCUACGCCGGGGGCGUCGCUGGUCAACCGCACGCGGCUGAUGGAACCCCCGGGGCGGCUGAAGACGGUGGCCCACCAGCGGCUUUUGAUGGAGCGGUGAGUGCUGGCGGUGUAUCUCCUCCCGCCUCUUCUCAUUCUGCUCAUUCUGGCUCGCGGGAGGGCAACCACACAGUUGGCACUCCUUCCGCUCCGUGUGAAGUGAAGGAUUCGGAGAAGCCGGAUGCACCUUGUGCUCCUCGAACGCAGUACUCUCACGCUGCUGCCGCGCAUUCGCAGCCAGACAUUGCCGGUCCCUCUCUCAGCAGUGAAAGGGUUCCUGCGCCUUCCCAAACGAGCGUCCCCCGUUCUCCUCGUCCUGCUGUUGUCCCUCAGGCCGAGCAGAAUCUCCAGAACCCUGCCUUUUCGCACCUUCACAGCGGCGGUGUCCCUGGCGCGGUGCUUGUGGGGCCGCAUUCCCUCUCGCUGCGCCUGGGCGCAGGACAUGCGUCGCGUGAAGAGGCGGCGAGCAACGUGGAUGCAGGCAAACCAGGCGGUGUGCAGCACACUGGUGGCCCCGCCAACGGCGCAGAGCGACGCGAUGAAAGCGGGCAAGCACGUGCUGUCGCUGCGGAGGCAGUUCCCUCGGCGCAGACGAGCAGCGUGAGUUCUGCUGAAAACGGGGCGACGACAGGGGAAGAGGCCGCGGCUGCCGUCCCUCAGGGGCAACGCGGUGUGUCGUCGUCGGGCGCAGCCGCUCCCGCUGGGGCGGCGAAGGAGGGGAGCCGCACAGAAGCAAUGGGCGCGGCAGGCGGUGCGGCAGAACAGGGCCGGGGAGCUGGUGCGGCGGGAGAAGCCCGUGCAGAAGCCGCGGCGGCCAGAGAUGCGGCAUCCGUCCCCGCACCCCACAACGAGAGCAACAGCAGCAGCAGCGGGGGUCUGCUGCAGAAGCGCAACGCCGAGGAAGACGCUGUGUGUGGGCGCCGAGUGCUGCCGCCGCUGCUUCUGUUGGGGCUGUGGGCCUUUGCGGCUCUGUGA